GUCAUGUCUUUAACUAACAUAUAUCACUUGCGUCGCGUCGCAGAUACGUCCGCCAAAUCAUGUCUUAUCUGCUAUAAGCCAUCAACAAGCGUACUUAUUACACCCGAUAACAAAGACUUUUUCUACGUGUGCCCCGCCCAUUUGCAAGAUCGUCACUUUUGCACACCCAUAGUGGACAAAGAGGGCGAGGCAAAACGUCAAAAAGAGGAGGCUUUGGCGAAGGAGAUUGAAAAGGUGAAGCAAGAGUAUGAAGAAAAGCAGCGACGAAAGAAAGAGAAGGCCAAGGACGAGAAAGACAAAGAUAAGGACGAUUCCAAAGACAAGGAUAAGAGUGCAUCAGACUCCAAGACGAAGGACGAGAAAGAGAGAGAUGACAAGAUUGACUCAAUUAAAAAUGCCAGUUCGGACUCGGACACAAAGCCUGACAACUCGCCGCGAAUCUUUGAGUUGCACAAAAAUUUCUAUCAAAUGCGCAUUGACCGACUUCGGAGCAUUGAGAUGGCCAAGAGAAAUCAGGAAAGAAUGAAGAAUCCUUCUCUGUUUCCAUCAGUUCCGACUCGCGAGAUUUAG